AUGAACGUUAACGAAGAAAGUGAAAUACAAGAAGUUGUUCGCCUUUUAACCGAACAACCCAUCAUUGACUAUUCCAAAGUUAAAGACAUUUAUGAGGUUGCCAAAAAAUUGAGAGCGCGACUUCGACUUGCAUAUACUAAAAUAAAAUGGGGAUUACACAAAUGUGAUAUGGCAACAUGCGAAAGAAUGGUAGAACAGAAGUUACAAGAUUAUAAGAAUUUCCCUAACAAGAAAAGGGUGCACAUUCCAUUUCACGUUUCUCCUGUACCUCCAUCAAAAAAUGGGUUCACUGGUGAAAAGGCUAAAGCUGUUUACGAAAUACUUGAUUCAUUGACACAUAAACCAAAACCUAAUUCAAACAAAAUGAGACAUAAUUCUGUAGAUCCCUAUUUAAACCAAAUUCAACAAAAUUGUGAUGGUGCCUACACCACUAAUAACAACACUGAUCUUAACAGCAACAUCAACCUUAGCAACAAUAGUAUUUAUCUUAAUAGCUAUAAUAAUGUAAAUUUUAAUAACACUAAUACUAAUCUUGAUACCAACAACGUCAAUAUUAGCAAUCUUAAUCUUAAUAUCGAAAACAACAACAUUAGCAAUUUUAAUCCUAAUAGCAGGAACAUUUCCUAUAAUAAUAAUUAUUAUGAUCCAUGGAACUUAAACACUACGAAUCUUAGAUCGACAGCUUCUCCUUCCCGUAGAAGAAAAGCAGACUGGGAUGAUGCAAAUCUCAAACAAAAAGUUCAAAAAUCAAGUCCGUGCAAAGAAAAUUUUAAUUCGGUGUUGUCAUCACCAUCCUACAACAAACAAAAAGAGCCAAUUCAAUGUCCAGGAACUCCACCAAAUCAAAUUAUAUCUAUCAACGAAACGAAAACACCAGAUACUGCUUUCUCGUUAAGCGAAUAUUUGAACAUGUCACCAAUGUAA